AUGACGGAGCGAACAGGAGAGGCUCGUGCUCCCCUUUCCGCGCACCCUGUGGUCACCCCCUCGACGCCGUCAGCAAAUACGUCACAUGAGGCGUUACAGCAGCAGGACUGGAGCCCCGUUGUGGAGCGCGACAAUGGGCCGUUACCCCGGGCCACGGAAGAUGGUGAUGACGAGAGACUCGGAAGCACAGUGGACAGUAUUGGGGUUUUCUUUAAGGCAGACGAUGAAUCUCCAAUGGCUUUCGUACGGGUUUCUUCAAACACCAUGGACGCAGUUGCCGUAUCGCAUGAUGAGGGAACGCAGAUGUUUGGAUUGGAGUCGAGACAGCAACAGCUGGGAUGUGUUAUUGAGCAGGAUGCGUUCUACUUGGAGCAGCCGCGUGCUGGCGGUGUGCGAACACCUGCGGCCGGUAGCGGCCUGCAGUCAGGGACCCCAGAGACGCCAAGAAGUCGUCGCCAUUCAGGCAUGGAAAGUUCACAAUUACACCGGCAAUCGAAUGUUCGAAUGUGGAAUCGCAGCAAGGACAAUCCAGCGGGCGUCGAUCACUCCACACAAACAGCGGAGUCAUACCUGCAAAGCCGCGUGAAUCCGUACAUGGUUGCCCACCACCGGCCUAGCAGUUCUGUCGGAGGCCGCAGCUGCGGCUCCAGGUCGCCGCAGAUGUGGCGUGGUGAGACCAUUGAAGAGUCCCUUACGCCGUACCGAAGUCCGUCUCAGACGCCUGGGCUCGGUAAUCUAUGGCGCACGUCGUGUGACUCUGGUGUCGUGGGCCAUAGCAACUUGAGUUCGCGUUGCUCGAGUGCUCUCCCCAUGGUGAGCCGCAGGGUGAGUGGGGCAGUCGGCAGCUCAAAGUUGGCGGACGCCGCAGUCGCAAGCUCCGGUGAAGGGCACCCCUCACCAGCGGCGGCGGUGGCAGCUACCCAGUCAUUGGUGGGCGACUCUCAUCCCGUCUCAAUCGGAACAAGGCCAUAUGGUGAGCAUGGAGUCACAAAAAAGAGCCUUCUUGACAAAAUGGAGGGUUUAGAACGUCGGAUGCAGGUUACGGAGAAGAGACUAGUCCAGGUGGUAGAAAAGUUUGAGACGUGCUUUGCUCAACUCGAGUCUUGUGUAGGGGACCUUCAGCGACAGAUGACACAUAUGAUGGCGAGGAUUGAGCCAUCGUUGCCGCAAAGCGACUCGAGGGCUGAGACACGAGAACCAUCGCGAGCAAUGGACCUUUGA